CCAUGAAAGCUUUGAAAAUACUCCUCUUCCUUCCUUCCCAGGGCCGGUGGUGUCUCCGUCUGUGAUUCGCUGAGAGAGUUGUUAGAAGGGAAAGCAACACUGCAGCAACCAAUAACCAAACCAGUUUCUUCAAGACAACCCCAUCCUCACCAAACCGAACAAUAUUCAUUGUUAAUUUCUAUUCCUUUAAUCUCUCUCUCUCACUCUCUCUAUAUUCUUCAACUCUCUUUCACUCCUCACCCACUCUCCUCUCAUGCAGCCGCCUCGCCGGAAAACGCCGCCCCUCUCCUCCGAAUCAUUCAACAUGAAGCACGCCGCCGGUGGGCGCAAGAACAACAACCUCUCGGUAUUUGUCGUCGUCUUCUCUAUUUUUCUCUUCGGAUGCUUCAUGUACAACGAAGACGCCAAGUCCAUCGCUGAAUUCCCCUUCUCGAGGCCUCCGAAAGGUCAAGAAAUCCACGAAGAAGGGAGCAACCCAGUUCAAGAACGAAUCAGAAACGGCGAGGUGGAUGCGAUUUCGAUGAAUCCGAGGAGCGUGGUGGAGACCCAAGUGGAGGAGGAGGGGAAAAUCGAGUUGCCGGCAGCGGCGGAAGAAGAAGACGAUGAAGAAGUUGAAUUGCCGGCGGAAGACUGCGAUCUGUUCAGCGGAGAGUGGGUUUUUGAUAAUGUCACCCGUCCGUUGUACAGAGAGGACGAGUGCGAGUUUCUCACGGCGCAGGUGACUUGCGUGAGGAACGGAAGAAAGGACUCGCUUUAUCAGAAUUGGCGGUGGCAGCCCACCGAUUGCUCUUUGCCCAAGUUUAAAGCAAGAUUGUUGCUGGAAAAGCUGAGGGGGAAGAGGCUAAUGUUUGUUGGGGACUCAUUGAAUCGAAACCAGUGGGAAUCAAUGGUUUGUUUGGUUCAGUCCGUCGUUCCUCCGGGAAGGAAGAGCUUGAACAAGACUGGUUCUCUCUCCAUUUUCAGAAUUGAGGAUUACAAUGCAACAGUGGAGUUUUAUUGGGCUCCAUUUCUGGUGGAGUCAAAUUCGGAUGAUCCAAACAUGCACAGCAUACUGAACCGCAUCAUCAUGCCUAAAUCAAUAAAAAAGCAUGCUCGCAAUUGGAUUGGAGUGGACUAUCUUGUCUUCAACACCUACAUUUGGUGGAUGAAUACUUUCACCAUGAAAGUUCUACGGGGAUCGUUCGAUGAAGGGUCCACCGAGUUCGAUGAGAUCGAUCGACCAGUGGCGUAUGGAAGAGUUUUGAAGACAUGGUCUAAAUGGGUAGAUAAAAAUGUGAAUCCUAAUCGUACUAUGCUAUUUUUCGUUAGCAUGUCACCUCUUCAUAUCAAGAGCUUGGAUUGGGGCAACCCUGAUGGGAUCAAGUGUGCGCUAGAAACAACACCAAUUCAACAAAAUGUGUCAAUGCCACUGGACGUGGGGACGGAUCGACGGCUCUUCGUGAUAGCAGAGAAAGUGAUUCGGUCGAUGAAACUUCCGGUUCAUUUCGUUAACAUCACCACGCUUUCGGAGUAUAGAAAGGAUGCACACACAUCUGUGUACACCAUUCGUCAAGGCAAGAUGUUGACGGACGAGCAAAAAGCCGAUCCCACCACCUAUGCUGAUUGCAUACAUUGGUGUCUCCCCGGCUUGCCCGACACAUGGAACGAGUUCUUGUACGCCCGCAUUAUUUCUCGAUCUUGACACCCACAUCACAAUCGCCUUCAUUUUCUUCUCUCCUCUCCGCUCGGCUCGUGUUGUGCAACUAAUCCAGAAAACAUGGAUUACCACUCACAAUCACAAAAUUUACAGAAGAAAAUAACUUUUUUUGUUUAGAUUCUUCUCAUAAAAAAUAAAAAAAAGAAGAUUUAUUUUUA